AUAACAACAUCAUCAUUGGUACUGUUUAGAAGAGUACUAAGAGAAGGACUGAGAUAUAAUGCAUUCAAAUCAGACUCUUGGUGGAGAUCAAACCUUCGUGAGAUCUUUAGAGAGAAUAGGAAUGUCGAUGAUCCCGAUAAGAUUAGAGUGUUACAAGACCAAGUCAAAACCUACAGAUUCUAUCUAAAGUCUACAAAGGAUCUACAGACGUUGUUGGAGGAAUAUAAUAUUGGUAUACCUGUUAGAGAGAGGGUUGAGAAGUCAUCUAAAAGAGUUGGAUUGCAGUUGCCUGAUUGGCCUGAGGAGAGACAUAGGAUCAUCUCGGACAGAACCAAGGCAAGAGACGAAGCAUUGGCCACAGCGAAAGAAAGACUGAGUGAGCGAGCGAAAGAAGGU